AUGAGCGCAAUAUUCCAAACUGUACAACGCAACUCCUACAAGACAACAAGAAGUUUUAAUAAAAACUCAAUUGCAAAUAUCGUUAAUUCAACUAGAAGAAUGACUAUUCCAACCACGCAAAAAGCUGUUAUUUUUGAGACCAAUGGAGGUCCUUUGAAGUACACCGAUAUUCCUGUUCCUAAACCAAAAUCGAACGAGAUUUUAAUUAACGUCAAGUAUUCCGGUGUCUGUCAUACCGAUUUACAUGCUUGGAAAGGUGAUUGGCCAUUGGCUACAAAGUUGCCAUUAGUCGGUGGUCAUGAAGGUUCUGGUGUCGUUGUUGGAAUGGGAGAGAACGUAUCUGGUUGGGAAAUUGGUGACCUCGCUGGUAUAAAGUGGUUGAACGGUUCUUGUAUGGCUUGUGAAUUCUGCGAAACUACUCAUGAGUCGAACUGUGCUAAGGCUGAUUUGUCAGGUUACACCCAUGAUGGUUCUUUCCAACAGUAUGCAACUGCUGAUGCAGUUCAAGCUGCUCGUAUUCCGAAAGGAACCGAUUUAGCUGAAGUUGCUCCAAUCUUAUGUGCCGGAGUCACUGUCUACAAAGCUUUGAAGACGUCAGGAGCUAAACCAGGACAAUGGGUUGCAAUUUCUGGUGCUGCUGGUGGUUUAGGUUCUUUAGCCAUUCAAUAUGCUAAAGUGAUGGGUUUAAGAGUCGUCGGUAUUGAUGGUGGUGCUGACAAGGCUGAAUUUGCUAAGUCUUUGGGUGCUGAGAAAUUUAUUGAUUUUACUAAAUCUAAGGAUAUCGUCAAAGAUGUUCAGGAUGCUACUGAUGGUGGCCCUCAUGGUGUUAUUAAUGUAUCUGUUUCAGAAAAGGCAAUGUCACAGUCAGUUGAAUAUGUUAGACCAACAGGUACCGUUGUUUUAGUUGGUUUGCCAGCAGGUGCUAACGUUAUCGCUCCUGUUUUUGAUUCUGUUGUCAAGACUAUCUCUAUUAGAGGAUCUUAUGUAGGAAACAGAGCUGAUACUGCUGAAGCAAUUGACUUUUUCUCAAGAGGUUUGAUUAAGUGUCCAAUCAAGAUUGCAGGAUUAUCUGAAUUGCCACACAUUUAUGAAUUAAUGGAACAAGGUAAGAUAUUGGGAAGAUACGUUGUUGACACAUCUAAGUAA